AGCACGAGCUAUGUGCUCCUCAGUUGACCACAAAUGGAAACAGCAGCCUUUUCUUCAAACCACACUCACACCUGCAGACUGUUCAGAGUUUCUGUUUCACCGGCAUUUCUUUUAACUGUGGGAGGAUGAUAAGAUAUAGAACGCGGGAACACACAAACACCAGAGAGGCCCCAGAGAGCAGUUGUUUUAAACACAGGGCCCUCAUGCUGUGAGGCGACAGAAUCACUGUGAGUUUUUGAAUCAUGGGAGUCGUGCCAAUUAAGCCAAACAGGGAGCAGCUGCUCCACCUGUCAGACAGUCUCAUCAGUGUCCAGAGAUGAAGGCCUGCAGUACAGACUUCACUUGGGUGACAUUUAUUUCAUUAUCCCUGCUUCUUUUGAGUCUUGAGGCUCUCACUGCUUCAAAACAAUUUCAAGCAACAGCCUAUGACAUUAUGAACAAUAGCACAUCGAUUUGCCACGACAGGUUCAUGUCUGUUUACGUGCCAAAGGUGCAAUACGCUGAUCUUCCUUUCACCAUUUAUGUUCAAGAUGAAGACCGCGGAUAUUACCAAGCCGUUGCAGUUGCAAAACAGUGCCACUACUUCCUGGGAGAAACUGAAACCUUUUUUAUCUUGACAGUUGCUUCCCGUGGAUGUUUUGUAAGAAAACAAAAAAAUAUGACACAUGUGACUGUUGUCAUCAUGGCACGUGCACACAGGGGGAGAGUUGAAAUAAUCAAGUCCAUCCGUCUCUCCUGUGAAUGGAAAGUUAAAGGUAGUGAUUCUAAGUGCACACAUAAAGUCAGGACGCUUAGUUCAUCAUUAAUUCUCACCUUGUUUUCCACAGAGGCGGACAAAAAUGAUUCUCCACUUGUACCAAGGCAUCAUUUCUGCAACAAGGAUGGGUUCAACAUUACUAUCCCUCACAAUGCCACAGUCCCACCUCUGAACCUGGACGUGAUCUGGAUCCCUUCGGGCCAAGGCCACGGCUGUAAAGCCCAAAAAAGAUCCAAGGAUGCUGUCACUUUCAGCUUUCCAUUCACUGAUUGUGGCACUCAGUCCAUGAUAUCAGGUGGGAUUAUAACCUACUGGGUCAACAUUGAGGUGAAACAACAUCCGCAGAGAGGCUCUGUUUUCCGUGACACUCCUUUCCAUCUUACUGUGCAGUGCAGCUUUGCACUGGCCCAAAUUACUCACCUUGGCAUCGAGGUUCAGGGAGAAAAGUCCCUGUCAACACUGAAGAGUAAGGGACUACUGAGGACUGAAAUGAGGUUUGCUAAAGACUCCAGUUUCAGGUCUUUCUAUUCCUCUGGAGACCCUCCAGCAGUCACUGAGCUCGGCCAGCCUGUGUAUGUGGAGGUGUUUGUUCUCAAACAUGAGGACGAGGAUUUGACGCUGCUGCUGGAGGACUGCUGGGCGACGCCGACUGAAAACCCACAUGACCCACAAAGAUGGAACCUUCUUGUUAAAGGAUGUCCUUUCAGUGGUGACAGCCACAGAACUAUCGUGCUGCCAGUGGUCCCCAGUAAGGAGCUGAAGUAUCCCUCUCUUCAUCAGUGGUUUGUGGUCAAGCUGUUCUCAUUUGUUAAGCCUGCAACAUUUGAAAAUCUGGUAUAUUUCCACUGUGAAAUAGAGAUCUGUAAAGGACCGGAUUGCUCACAAUCCUGCAGCAACGGAAGACGGAAACUAAGAAGAAUCACACCAGGGCCAGGACAGCGGAUUCUUUACAGUGUUGUCUCUGGUGGACCUCUUCUUUAUCUACUGGAAACAACCAGAAAAAGAACUGCUCUCAAGUCAUAUUUGGAAGCAACUGUUCAUGAUUUGUAAUGAAAAUAAACCUGACUAUAAUGUCCUUAAAUAGGCAGAUUUCACAUACUUUUAAUUCUCAACUAACUUGCUUUUAUCAAAUCAACUUUGAAUAAUGCAAGUUGUCUGAUGGUCCACUUUUCAGUUCAGGAUGACUGGCACAAAACUUGCCUGUGUGACUAAUAUUACAGCUUGAUAUUGAAAUUGGAUGUGCAUCUGUUGCCCUGCUCAAACCAGAGACCUGUUCCAAGAAGUAUAGGUUUUCUGACUUAUAUUUACAUCUGAGCUGUAUAGUUAUAUCUUUGCUUGGUACAAGCUGGAGAGGGGUUUGUUUUUGACUUCGCAAAAGUAUCCAGACAACUGUGGUAUGUAAAAAAGACGCAGGUCUUCCAUAUUUGAUGAUGAUAUAGAUUGGGAAAAGGCUUGCUAAUUUAGUUUUUAACAAAUUAUUUUAAGUAUUACAUUUAUUACAUCACUGUACUUGCUCUUAUUCAUUGUAGGUGGUUAUGCAGAUGGAUGAUGGUGAUGUAUGUAUUGUAUGGACUUUAAGUGAAGACCUCAGAUGACAUCAUAUAAUUUGCUGAACACUUUGUGAACAUUUCAUGGACAAAAAUAUUAAAAGAGUGGCUCUAAACCCU